AUGGCAGACAUCAACACCAUUGCGACCCAAUUUACCGAUUUCUACUACAGCACCUUCGAUACCGACCGUUCGGGAUUGAAAGCUCUCUAUCGAGAUACUUCGAUGCUCUCCUUCGAAGGCGCAGCAUUCCAGGGUGCAUCUGCGAUCGUUGAGAAGCUGACGAGUCUGCCUUUCCAAACGGUUCAGCAUAAAGUCACGACAAGAGACGCACAACCAUCCUCCACCAGCAUCGCAAGCUUGAUCGUCAAUGUGACUGGGCUCUUGGUUGUUGACGGCGGCGAGAAUCCAAUGCAAUUCAGUCAGGUAUUCCAUCUGAUUCCUGAGGGCGGCAGCUACUAUGUAUUCAACGAUAUCUUCCGUCUCAACUAUGGUUGA